AUUUUUGAUAAUUUCACCUUGUGUCGUUGCGUUGUUGAUAAUCUGAUAUUUAGUUUCGUUUUUUUUAAAAUGUUUUUCAGGCGAUAGGUUCUGCCCGGAAGCUAGCUUUUAAUUAUGGACAGGAUAAGUCAGUUGCCCGAUGAACUUCUACUGAAUAUAUUGGCAAUGCUUCCUACCAUGAAAGAUGUUGUGGAAACUAUGCUUUUGUCAAAACGAUGGCAGUUUCUUUGGGUGAUGGUUCCAAGAAUCAAAUACAAUGAUAAACUUGAUAGCUAUAGUAAGCACAAGUAUGGAAGCUUUUCAUUGUUUGUAGACAAAUCUUUUUCUAAGCACGAGGCUCCCAUUAUAGAAACUUUGCUUUUUAAACUUGGUUAUGUCUCUGGGUACGGCAAUAUUCAAGGGUGGAUGAGAUCUGCUGAUAAACGUUGUGUGCGUGAGCUGAUUAUCCAGAUUGAUACUUUUACUUAUAGAGAUCCAGUCUCACUUCCUUGGAGCUUGUUUAGUGGGGGAUGUAGAAUGCUUGUGACCUUGAAACUAAUUAAUGCGGUUCUUGUGGAUGAUUUUGCCUCUCCAAUUUCUUUCCCAUCCCUCAAAACGUUGAGUCUUAAAUCCAUGAAGUAUCCGAGUGGUGAAUUUGUCAAGAAGCUUUUAUCUAACUGUCAUGUCCUUGAAGACUUGGUUGUGGAGCAAUGUAACAAUGACAAUGUUAACAUAUUUACUGUUAUUGUGCCUUGUCUAAAGAGUUUAGUCAUGAAGACAUUAACUCCCAUUGGAAAUGAGGCUGAAGGGUUUGUGAUAGAUGCUCCUUCUUUGGAAAAAUUCAACAUUCUUCAUUUGAGUGGGUUUUGUAUCUUUGAGAAUGAUAUGACUAAGGUUGUGGAUGCAAAUCUUGUCGUUGUUGAUUGGAAGUUAUGGAAGAAGUUGGGUUCUAUUGCUUCGUUCAAGCGCCUUUAUCUGUGCCUACCAUCCUCAAAGGAUGUGUAUCCUGCUCGUAGUGUCUUCACCAGUCUUGUACAUUUGAAGAUAUGCACAUGUGAGACAGAAUGGGUGAAUCUACUUAUGCGUGUGCUCGGAGAUUCUCCAAAUUUACGAGCUCUCAAACUUGACCAGUGCCAUCCCCUUCGAUCUUCCGAGCCACGCCCAUGCUGGAACCCGGCAUGGAAUGAACCGAGUUCAGUUCCUGAAUGUUUGUUAUCAAGUCUUGAAACUUUUGAAUGGGUAAAAUAUGAAGGAGCAGAAGAAGAGAAAGAAGUAGCAGCGUUUGUUUUUAGAAGCGCAAAGUGUUUAAAGAAGGCAACCUUUAAUAUCCACAGUAAAAACAGUGUCAAGAAAGGUGAGGUGAUCAAGUUGUUCUCGUCAAUUAGGUGUUCACCAUGUCAGCUUGAGUUUCGCUGAAGUUAUGAGUCAAGUAACAUCUUAGACAAAAAGUACAACUUGUGUUUUUAUUUGCUACAUUUGAUAGCUCGCUGAAUUUCAAACUGUUUGGUCCAAUUAUCUUCUGCGUUAAAUGAAUGGAUAGACUUUGACGGGCCUCGCCUUUCUCUUUCCCUUUC